AUGUGUGGCAGGUUCCUGAGGCAGCUGGUGGUGGAGGAGAGCUGGCACUCCACCCCCGUGGGGCGACUCCUGCUUCCCGUGUUCCUGGGGUUCCGCCUGGUGCUGCUGGCCGCCAGUGGAACGGGGGUCUACGGCGACUCGCAGAGCGAGUUCGUGUGUCACACGCAGCAGCCGGGCUGCAAGGCUGCCUGCUACGAUGCCUUCCACCCUCUUUCCCCGCUGCGCUUCUGGGCCUUUCACGUCACCCUGGUGGCUGUGCCCAGUGCCCUCUACAUGGGUUUCACUCUGUAUCAUGUGAUCUUGCACUGGGAGGAAUCCGAAAAGGUGAAGAAGGAAGAGGAGACCCUGAUCCGCCAAGGGGAAAAGAGCAGAGAUGCCUUGGGGGCUGGAAGCCCCAGGCUGCUCUGGGCCUAUGUGGCACAACUGGGGGUGCGACUGGCCCUUGAGGGGGCAGCCUUGGCAGGCCAGUACCACCUGUAUGGGUUCAAGCUGCCCAGCUCUUUUGCGUGUCGUCGAGAGCCUUGCAUUGGUAGCAUAAGCUGUAAUCUGUCUCGCCCCUCUGAGAAGACCAUCUUCCUGAAGACCAUGUUUGGGGUCACUGGGCUCUGUCUCCUGUUUACGCUUUUGGAGCUUGUGUUCCUGGGCCUGGGGAGAUGGUGGAAGAUCUGGAAGCACAAAGCUCCCUCUUCUAACUACUUCCCAACUUCAGAGAGCGCUAAAAGACACAAGGAACCAACUGAUAACUUCCCAGCAGUGGAAACAAAAGAACAGUUUGGAGAAGCAGGUGAGAGGGGCACUGAUGUCCCUCUUUCCACCCACCCCUGA